AUGCUACUGGCACUUGUAACAAACACAUUCAUCUGCUUCUCCUACGCUUGUUAUCCAACAUGGCCAACUCCACCUGCAGCUCCCAUUGGGUGUCCUCCACUGUAUGACACAUCGCUGUGCCCUGCCGGGUUAGACUGCGUUGCAGAAAAUGGAAUAACAUACGAUGGCCAGACGGCAAUCAUCAAUUGUCCUGAUAAUUUUCUUCUGCGAAUCAGAUAUAGUGAUGGAACAAUUGAACAAGCCAUACCAGUGGACCAGUUCAAAGCAAUGUUUCGAAUCGUAUGUGUGAACGGACGAUGGGGCGUAUUUGAAGGAGAAAACCCGACAGGGGAGGAAAUUCAAGGUCUAGCUUGUUACCAAGCUGCAGAACGGCUACGAAUCCGAUCUCCCCUGCUUUGCAAACGAUGCACAGCAAAGAUCAAAGGUCCUGCGGGCGAUAAUGUCUGCCCAAAUGGCUACAGAUGUUUUGCGCCAGCUAUCAUUACGAAACAACAUUCCAACGGUUGUAAACACCUUACAGUCGACUGUGGUGGAUCUGAUCUACUGAUUCAACUCACAUCUGGUCAAAGUAUGUUAGCGCACUCGGAGGACGUUACCUGUGACGGAGAAUGGAGCAUAAAAGUUGGGCAUUACACACAUCGAAUUGAUGUCAUGCUGUGUUUGAGUAAAAUUGAAUAA